GGAAGCUGCCGACACACACUGCGGUGGAAACACUCUGUGAGACCCUAAUCCAUGCGCACAGACCCUCAUUUCAGUUCCCACGCUCCCGGCCGCAGGUGGAUGCAGGCAACAGGCGCGGGUCCUUGGAUCAAACCCACCCGUCUCGGCGCGAUGUUCCACCAGCAUGAGGACCCCGAGGCGGCGAACGACAGCUGCCCGGUCGCCGCCUGCAACGCCACCUUGGCGGAGGACGCGCUCCAGCUGCCCACCUUCUCCACGGCCGCCAAGGUGCGCGUCAUCAUCACCUUCAGCUUGUGCGCGGUGUCGGCCGUGUGCAACCUGCUGGUGCUGUGGGCGGCCGGCAAGGGCGGCAGGCGCAAGUCCCACGUCAGGAUUAUCAUCAUGAACCUGACCGUGGCGGACCUGCUGGUCACGUUCAUCGUCAUGCCCGUGGACGCCGUGUGGAACAUCACCGUGCAGUGGCAGGCGGGAGACGCCGCCUGCCGGCUGCUGAUGUUCCUCAAGCUGGUGGCCAUGUACUCCUGCGCCUUCGUCACGGUGGUCAUCAGCCUGGACAGGCAGUCGGCCAUCUUGAACCCUCUGGGCAUUAGGGAGGCCAAGACCAGGAGCAAGAUCAUGCUGACUGUGGCCUGGACCAUGAGCGUCUUCCUCGCGCUUCCUCAGAUGUUUAUAUUCCACAAUGUGACCAUCACCGUCCCGGAGAACUUCACGCAAUGCACCACCCACGGCACUUUUGUCCAGCACUGGCAGGAGACGGUCUACAACAUGUUCACCUUUGCGUGCCUCUUCCUCCUUCCUUUGGCCAUCAUGAUUUUCUGCUACACAAGAAUCCUUAUUGAGAUGGCUCGCAAUACCCUGCUGUCCAGAGAUGCUCACCUUCGCCGGUCCCACAACAACAUCCCCAAAGCCCGAAUGAGAACUCUCAAGAUGAGCAUUGUCAUCGUGACAUCUUUCAUCAUCUGCUGGACCCCUUAUUACCUGCUGGGCCUGUGGUAUUGGUUGUUUCCCGAAAAAAUGGAGGAGACGGUCUCCCAUUCUCUCACUCACAUGCUGUUCAUCUUCGGCCUCUUUAACGCCUGUCUAGACCCCAUUACCUACGGCCUGUUCACCAUCCAUCUCCACCAGGGCAUGAAGAAGUACUGCCGAGGCUCCAACACACAGAUCACUUCCGAAAACAACAAUUGCGUCAUGCACAUGACUCGCAGGCAUGUGGCCUCAGGUGGCCGCCACAUAGACAUGGAGGAAAGAAGCGACAACAGCAGCAGCAAAAGCGCCUCCAGGCCAAUUGUGCCCGUUAGCCACAUUUAA